AUGACAUCCAAUACUACUGUUGAAUGUAGGCAGGUUCGUGGCCUUGUGGUUAAAGGUCUUUAUGAGUCACAGAGUUUUGACAUGCCCGUAUGUUACACCAGGGGAGGCAUCCCAGCCAAGCCUAGCCAAGUUCCUAGACCAGAGAAUGUUCGGCAGUGGUCCCACUUAGAGCCAGUCCAUAGCAAGUUAGCUCCCUUCUUUGCCGAUGUUGAGAUAGGACUUCUGAUUGGACUGUCUUGUCUGCAGGCCAUAAAGCCUCUGGAAGUCCUUCCUGGCAAAGAGGAUGACCCUUAUGGUGUACGUACUGCACUUGGCUGGGGCGUGGUUGGAAUGUCUCCUCAGGGUUCAAGGCCACAACAGCGCCAUCACUUUUCAUUUAGAACACAGAUCACGGAGGUAACCCCUCAAGCUGUCAUGAAUAUGUUUGAUGUAGAAUUUGUUGAAAGGUCAGGUAGUGAGGAGGGCGUUGGCCUCUCAGUUGAAGAUCGCAAGUUUCUGCAGAUACUAGGGUCACAAAUUCGUCAACUUGACGACGGUCACUAUGAGUUACCACUCCCAUUCCGCGAUGAGAAUGUAAGGUUACCCAACAAUAGAGCCCAAGCUUUGAAGCGUCUGUCCAGCUUGAAACACAAGAUGGAGAAAAAUCCUCAAUUCAAGGAGGAUUAUCUUCAGUACAUGAAGGAAAUGAUUGAAAAGGGUUUCUGUGAGCGAGUGCCAGAAAAUGAGAGCUGUCCCGAAGGCUCGGUUUGGUAUUUGAGUCAUCAUGGGGUCUACCACCCAAACAAACCUGGACGUAUCCGGGUGGUAUUCGAUUGUAGCGCCGAGUUUCAGGGCGAGGUUCUUAACGAGCAUUUCCUCCAGGGUCCAGACCUAACCAACAACUUGGUAGAGGUCCUUUUGCGUUUCCGCAAACAGUCUGUAGCUGUAGUCUGCGACGUGCAGUCAUUUUUCAAUAUGGUCAUGGUGAAGAAGGAGCACAGGAAUUUUCACAGAUUCCUUUGGUAUGAGGAUGGCAAGCUGGUGGAGUAUCGCAUGACGAGACAUCUCUUUGGGGCUCGAUCUUCGCCAGGCUGUGCCACCUUCGCACUGAGGGCCAAUGCUGACAAGUAUGAAUCUGAGUGUGGGUCAAAGGCGGCUGAGUUUGUCCGUGCUGGGUUCUAUUGCGACAACGGAUUGUCGGCUGAGAAAACUACUGAUGAUGGAAAGGACCUAGCAUGUGGCAGUAGGAAACUUUGCAAGAAGGGUGAAUUCACACUGAGAAGCUACUUAAGCAACGAUAGGGAAGUUACGAUGGCUGUACAAUUGGAGGCUAGGGCUAAGGGUGUGCAGGAGUUGAAUCUCUUGUCAGAAAACUUGCCUACAGAGAGGACCCUGGGCCUUCAGUGGUGCACGCAAUCAGAUUCCUUCCAGUUCAAAGUGGUCAUGCGGGAAAAGCCUGUAACUAGACGUGGAAUAUUGUCCACAGUGAGUUCGAUUUUUGACCCACUUGGCCUGAUUGCUCCCUUCAUACUGACAGGACGUCGCAUUCUGCAGAAUUUGUGCAAUGGCAAGCUACAUUGGGACGACCCUGUCCCACCUGAAAUUAGUGUACAGUGGGAAAAAUGGUGCUCAGAGGUGUCAAACUUGGCGAAUAUUGAGAUCCCACGCUGUUACCACCCUAGAGUGUUUGGUGAGGUUGUCUCAGUACAACUGCAUCAUUUCAGUGAUGCGAGUUUGGAACCUGGUGGGCUGGGCCAGUGUAGCUACUUGAAACUCACAGAUGACAAGGGAAAUGUUAGUGUCUCGCUUGUUAUGGGAAAGUCGCGCGUAACUCCUCUAAAACCGAUCACAGUACCUAGGCUAGAGUUGUCCGCCGCAGUUGUGUCAGUUCGAGUGGGUGAAUUCCUAGAGAGGGAGUUGAAGUACGAGGGCAUAGAGCAUUUUUACUAUACAGAUAGUAAGGUGGUUCUCGGAUACAUUGCUAAUGAAACGCGCCGCUUUCACAUAUUCGUGGCUAACAGAGUUGAGAAGAUUCGGAAAUCCACCACACCAGACCAGUGGCAUCAUGUCGAUACGAGUGUCAACCCGGCGGACAUAGCGUCUCGUGGAAUGUCAGCCCGUGACCUACUCGGAGCCAAGUCCUGGUGGGAAGGUCCAGACUUCUUGAGGAAGGAAAAGGUUCCCGUCCCCUUGUCUGAAGACGACGCACAGACGAUCGAUGAUGACCCAGAGGUCCGGAAAACUGUCCGAGUGUUAGACACCAAGAUCGCACCCUUUGGCAAGAUGUCCGAGAGAUUCGAGGGUUUCUCAUCCUGGUAUCGCUUGAAGAGGGCCGUCGCCUGCUGCCUGAAGUACAAGGACAUACUUCGUGAGAGGGUUGCAAAGGGAACUGGUGCCAAGGAAAAGAAGCUAGAUGUCAAGGACCUCCAGCGAGCAGAGACGGCCAUCCUCCAGGCUGUUCAGAUGGAGUCUUUCGAUGGAAAAAGGAGGAACCUACAGCUUUUGGACCCGAUUGAGGAUGAGGAUGGCUUGCUACGUGUCGGUGGUCGCGUCAGGCGAGCGGAAAUACCAGAGGAGUUGAAACAUCCAGUCAUCGUUCCAAGGCACGGACAUGUUACUGACCUGAUUGUCGCGCACUUUCAUGGAUCGGUCUACCAUGGGGGUCGCAGCGCAACCUUGAAUGCUAGUCGUCAGGCAGGUUUCUGGAUAGUUGGCGCUAGGGUGCAGCUGUAA